UCUACUUGCCCAGCUCGUGCUGCUGGACCUGAGUGACUGUUGGUAGUGCUGCUUGGGGAAGAUGGAGAGAAACUGGACCUGGGCCACCAUCGUUGUCCACCUCUUGCUGCUGGUUUCUGCAGCAUGUCUGUCCAACGUGGAGGAGAAAGAACGGUAUCGGCUGGACAAGGACGGACUUCUGCGGAGGACGGAGCGAGCUGUGACUGCCCCCGGCAAGAUCUCCUGUGAACUCUCACCCUGGGGUCAAUGGUCGUCCUGUCAGCCCUGCAAAGGUAUUAAGUAUCGUUCCAGGGGCAUCGUCCGGUUUGGGCAGUUUGGAGGCAAGACGUGCACCGACAUAUUAUCUGAGGAGCAGCCAUGUCCCGUCACAGGCGAUUGUGAGGAGGAGCCCAUCAACUGUGGAAUAAACUUCCAGUGUGACGAUGGGCACUGCAUCAACAGGAGGCUGACCUGCAACAAUGACAACGACUGUGGCGACUUCAGUGAUGAGGACGAGUGUGAGAGGAUCCAAUCUCCCUGUAAGAGGGAACUGGAAACCUUGGAAACAGGGCAGAAUGCUGGUUCGGGGGUGAACAUCCUGGGGAUGGAGCCCCGCAGAAGCCCCUUCAACAACAACUUCUACAAUGGGGUGUGUGACAGCGUGUACAAUGGCAUCCAACGAGCCCACAUCCGCCGUCCUUGGAACAUCGGCUCCCUCUACUAUCAGACCCAAGCACAGCAACUGUUCACCACCGAGGUGUACGAGAGUUCGUCCGACGUCGUCAAGAAGAUCUUCGAGGAGACCAACAGCAAUUUCAACAUUGGGCUGUCGUUGAAGCUGAACUUGAAGAAGGUGACCGCCUCGGCCGGCCUUAACUACGGGACCAACAAGACCAAAAGUCUCUACACUCUGCUGAGCUACAACCAAUCGGAGACUAAUGAAUAUUUUCGGGUCAAAGGCCGAAUAGAGAUCGCACAGUUCAACAUGCGCAGUCGGCGCUACGAACUUGAUCGGGAUUUUAUUCUGGAUCUGAAGGAACUUCCGACAGAAUAUGACAAGGGGGUGUAUUUUAAAAUUCUGGAAGACUAUGGCACACAUUACACAUCAGCGGGAACCCUUGGUGGUGAAUAUCAACUGGUUUACGUGUUGGAUAAGUCUGAAAUGAUCAAAGAUGAAAUCACGACUGAGAAGGUGAAGGAAUGCCUAGGAUUUGGUGCCAAUUUCAACCUCCACCAGAGUCUGAUCAAAGGACAGGAUAACAAAACCCUUGAGUUCACAGCAAGCAUCAACAAGGACAGUUGUAAAAAGGUCACGAAGGAAGACUCAAAAAAAGACAAGAAAAAGCCCCUCAUCAAAGACGUGGUGUCCUUUGUUUCCGGUGGAGAUAUUUUGUUCCUGACCAAGUUGAAUGUGCUCCUCUCUGAGGGGAACAAGGCGGUUGAUGCCUCGGUGUACGUUGACUGGGCCAGAUCGCUCAUCAACUCAGCUGUGCUGGUGAAGUGGAAGCUGCUGCCGAUUUACGGCCUGGUGCCUCUGUCCAUGAGGAACUCCACAUCUAUACGGCGGAACCUGGAGCGGGCCAUCGGUGACUACGAGGCAGAGUACAGCGUCUGCAAGUGUCAGCCGUGCAUGAACGGGGGUACGGUGAUGCUCCUGAAUGGUCAGUGCUACUGCCUGUGCACCCACACCUUCCAGGGAGAGGCCUGUCAAAUCCCAAAGGUCACACACCAAGGGUCAGCAGGUUACACGGACGGUCACUGGAGCUGCUGGUCGGAGUGGUCGGGCUGCAGCGAUGGGCAGCGGCAGCGGACCCGCCAGUGCCUGGGGCGGCAGGGAGAGGGCACCGAGUGCCAGGGGGAGAGCAGGAGCCUGGAAUACUGCUGAGCUUCCAGUCACCGGUCACUUGAGUUCUGCAGCCCACUCUCCAUUCCCUGUUUCUGUCUGCUGACCACCAAGCUGAAGGUUAGCCUGGGCAACUGCAUCUCCUCUUUGGACAACAUGUUACCGUCUUUGAGACUCAAUAUUGAACUCAGCAAUAAAAGAAGCCUGCAGAUGUUGGAAAUCUGAACCAAAGACGGAAAAGCUGGAAACACUCAGCACGUCAGGAAGCAUCUGUGGAGAGAGAAACAGAGUUCAAUUUUCCGAUCCAGGAGCCUUGGUCAGAACUCGAGCACUUCAGAUAGUCAGCCUUUCCGGCCUUGCAUCCACAUUCAGUCUGGCCCCCCCCCCCCCCCAGUGUUCUGAUAUUUCUGACUACACUUGUGCCUUCCUCUGUUUACACCUUCUCCAGACAGGUGACUGAGAUUGACAACCCUCCACCAUCCUCUCUCAGCCAGCACCAAAAUGCACUUGUGUCAUUCCUCCUCUUAGUCUCCAGCCGACCACACACAUCCCCUUUUCUCAUCACAUCCACCCAUCCAAUUUAAAACCUAUUUCAUUCCCAUCCUUGCCUGAUUCUAAUGAAUGUCAAUGACUGAAACAUGUCUGUGUUACUGAGUUCAGCAUCUUCAGUUCCAAUUCUUCCCUUUUCUGCCUCAUUUUAACUUCCACCUCUGAUCUUCUGGGGUUAUUUAGCUUUGAAUGUCCCACAUUUCCUCUCCGUUCUCUACAUGAACCAGAUUUUCGUCGAAGGCUCUGAUGUCUAAUUUUCCUUGAUGGCUUCUAAUGUCCAACCACAGGACUGCACCUUCUUCAGUUCAGUGAAGUCAGAUCCCUUGGUCACGAUCAAUUACUUUACUAAACAUAAUGUUAUGAUCGCUGUUGCCAAAGUGCUCCCCACUCCCCUUCUCACCACCAUUCACUCUCUCCCAAAACUAGUUCCAUCUGCAUCAAUUAAUUUUGCAGAACAAGUAGUAAAACUGCUACCUUCCUCAAAUGGGAUGAACACACACUGAUCACCGCAUACAUUUCAGGAAGGGCUGCUUUAUACUGUUACUAUCCCAAUCUGCAGUGGGAUGAUCGAAGUCCCCUUUACCAGUACUCUAAUUUCACAUCUUCUAUAAUUAUCAUGUAAAUGCACCUCAAUUUCACAGAGUAAAACCAAUGGUAUUCUCUGUCCUUUAUUCAUAACCACAUGGAUUCUGUCCUUGGAGACGCAAGAGACUGCAGACACUGGAAUCUGGAGCAACAAACACCUGCCACUGUCUCCCAAUUCCACCCCUAUUCCGUACCUGGCACCACCCGCCUGCCAUCUCACUCUCACCUCAGUCCACCGAUCACCUCGGACCCCUGUCUCACCACUCCCCUCUCCACUCUUAAAGAUUCAGAUCUUUAUUAGUCACAUGUACAUCGAAACACACAGUGAAAUGCAUCUUCUGCGUAGAGUGUUCCGGGGGGCAGCCCGCAAGUGUCGCCACGCUUCCGGCACCAACGUAGCAUGCCCACAACUUCCUAACCCAUACAUCUUUGGAAUGUGGGAGGAAACCGGAGUAUCCGGAGGAAACCCACGCAGACACGGGUAGAGCGUACAAACUCCUUAUAGACAGCAGCGGGAAUUGAACCCGGGUCGCUGGCAGUGUAAUAGCGUUACACUAACCACUACACCACCGUCCUAAUGCAGGGUUUUGACUCGAAACGUUGACAGUUCCUUUCCCCCCACGGAUGCUGCUCAACCUGCUGAGUUCCUCCAGCAGAUUGUUUGCUGCUAUAGAUCCUAACCUUGAGAUUUUAGCCACAUUAUGCCAUUUCAGUACAUUAAUACAUUUAUAUGGUCAAUACUGGCACCUCUUAUUCCAUCUCCAUAAGGCAGCUUCUGUUUAUUCUUGGAUGUACAUGAUUAUAUUUCAGUAGCAUUUACUGCCCAUCACUAAUCACCCGUGAGAAGGUGGGGGGUGAGCUGCAGUCCUUCUGGUGUAGGUGCUCCCCCAGCACUGUCAGGGAGGGAGCUCCAGGAGUCAGACCCAGCGAUGGUGAAGGAACGGCAAUGGAUUUCCAAGUCAGGAUAGUGACCAAGAACUUGGAGAUAUAGUGGGAAGCAUCGGAAAAGUCUUCUAGCAGAUCUAGGUAGAGCCUAAUGUUGGGAAAUGUGAGGCAUUACACCUUGGAUGUAAGAAUGAGUAGAGGCAAAUACAAACUAAAGGGCACAAUUCUAAAAGAACAGAGAGUUCUGGGGGCAUAUCUGCACAGAGUUACAGGGUUGUACAGCACAGAAACAGACCCUUCAGCCCACCGUGUCCAUGCUGACCUUUCUAGACAUCUCCACUAAUCCCAUUUGCCGGCAUUGGGACCUUAUCCUUCCAAGCUUUGCCUAUUGAAGUGUCUGUCUAAAUGUCUCUUAAGCACAGUGGCUGUAUCUGAUACCAUCACCUCCUCUGGCAGCACGUUACAGAUACCAACCGCUCUUAGUGUAAAAAAAAUGUACCCCUCAAAUCCUCUUUGAAGCUCCUCCCUCUCACCUUGAACCUAUGCCCUCUUGUCUUUGAUUCUCCCACCACGGGAAAAGAUUCUGUCGACCUGUUCCACGCCUCUCACAAUUUUAUACACCUCUAUCGGGUCACCUCUCAGCCUUGGCUCCAGGGGAGACAAACCCAGCCUCUCCAAUCUCUCCCCAUAACUGUAGACCGUAAGAUAUAGGAGCAGAUACAAGAUGCAAGAAAUUUAUUUGUCACAUGUACAUCAAAACACACAGUGAAAUACGUCUUUUUGCAUUGCUAAGGAUGUUCUGGGGGCAGCUCACAAGUGUCGCCACGCUUCCGGCACCAACAUAGCAUGCCCACAGCCCAUCGAGUCUGCUCCUCCAUUCAGUCAUGGCUGAUCUUUUUCAACCCCAUUCUCCAGCCUUCUCCCUGUAACCCUCAACCUCCAUAACUGAGGUCCUCCAAUCCAGGCACCAGCCUGGUGAACCUCCUCCUGGGCUCUCUGCAGUUUGUUGAAAGUGGCAGGGCAGGUUGAGAAAAUGGUUAAUAAAAGGUCUGGAACACUGAAACAUAGGAAAUAGACCUAUGAAGCCCUUAAUUCAGCCCCUCUACCACGCAAUAAGACCACAGCUGACCUUUCACCUCAGCACCAUUUGCCUUCAUUAACCCCAUAUUGCCCGAUUCCCUUCAUAACCAUUUAUUGAAUACACUCAGUGACCUUGUCUCCACAGUGUCUAAGUGAAGAAAUGGUAAAUUGCUUUAUUAUUGUCACAGGUACCGAGGUACAGUGAAAAACUUUGUUUUGCAUGUCAUCCAUACAGAUCAUUUCAUCACAUCAGUGCAUUGAGGUAGUACAGGGGAAAACAAUAACAGAAUGCAGAAUAAAGUGUUACAGUUACAGAGAAAGUGCAGUGCAGGCAGACAAUAAGGUGCAAGAGCUACAACGACGUAGAUUGCGAGAUCAAGAGUCCAUCUUAUCGUACUAGGGGACUAUUCAAUAGUCUUAUAACAGCAGGAUAGAAGCUGUCCUUGAGCCUGGUGGUACGUGCUUUCAGGCUUUUGUAUCUUCUGCCCGACGGGACGGGGGAGAAGUGAGAAUGUCCGGGGUGGGAGGUGUCUUUGAUUAUGUUGGCUGUUUUACCAAGGCAGCGAGAAGUUGUGGACAGAGUCCAUGGAGGGGAGGCUGGUUUCCAUGAUGUGCUGAGCUGUGUCCACAACUCUCUGCAUAUCUGCCUUGCACGUCCAACCCUCUAUUUUGAGACAGUGACCCUUAAUCAGAUGUUAGAUCCUGGUCUCAUAUUGAACUAAAUCACCUUCAAUUUUUAUAAAAUUCUAUCCAUAUGUGGAAUGAGCUGCCAGAGGAAGUGGUUGCAGCAGGUACAAAAACAACAUUUAAAAGACAUUUGGACAGGUCCAUGGAUAGGAAAGAUUCGGAAGGUUAUGGGCCAAAUGCAGGCAAAUGGGACGAGAUUGGAUGGGCAUCUUGUCAGCAUGGACGAUUUGGGCAGAAGGACCUGUUUCUGUGCUGUAUGACUCUCUGACUUGGAUGAAGACACUGUCGAUACACUUCCUAAAUCUGCUGAUGACUCAAAUGCGGGUAGGGAAGUAACUUGUGCACAUAAAGAGAUUACAAAAGGAUAUAAAUAGGACGUGAGUGGAUUAAGAUCUGAUAAAUGGUAUACUGUACUGUAAGAAAUUAUGCAAUAGUUCACUUUAACAGGAAAAAUAAAAGAAGAAGCAUGUCUAAAUGUAAAAGAUCAUAGAGCCCUGAGAUAAGAGAGAUCUGGCAUCAUGGUGCGUGAUUCAUAAAAAGCUAGUCUGCAGGAAAGAAAAUAAUUAGGAAAGCUGACAGAAUGUUGCAGUCAGUCAUAGACCUGGAACAGUAACUCUGUUUCUCUCUCCACAGAUGCUGCCUGACCUGCUGAGUAUUUCCAGCAUUUUCUGUUUUUGUUUCAGAUUUCCAGUAUCUGUAUUUUUGGAUUUUCACUGACCAGAAUGUUAUUUGUUGUGAGGGGAAUUGAGUACAAAAGCAGGGAGGUUAUGCAAGUUGAAUUUACUGUCAUGUGCACAAGUACAGUGAGGUACUGGUACAAUGAAAGGCUCACUUGCAGCAACAUCACAGGCACGUGGGUACAGAUUAUACCCAUUAUACAAAACAGUGAAGAAAAAGGCUGUAGAAAUUGGUAAAUUGGUUUAUUACUGUCACAUGUACCAAGGUGCAGUGAAAACUUUGUUCUGCAUGCCAUCCAUACAGAUCAUUACAUAAGUACAUUGAGGUAGUACAAGGGAAAACAAUAACAGAAUGCAGAAUAAAGUGUUACAGUUACAGAGAGAGUGCAGUGCAGACAGACAAUAAGGUGCAAGGUCAUAAAGAGGUAGAUUGUGAGAUCAAGAGUUCAUCUUUUA